AUGGAUAUUGUGCGUGCAACAGACGAACCUCUUCACUGCAGCUGUGAAGGGUGGGGGAUGGUUCACCCCAUGCCUGUUCAGGAUAUGUUUGCCCCAGCUCCAUCAUGUGCCGCGGGUGUUUGUUGUUUGUUGAAGUACCUGGAGGUUGUGGUGGUGCCUCAUCACCGUGAUUUUGAUACUCACCUCCUGUGGUGUUCGGAUGUGGUAGGGGAGGAUAACCCCCCAACGGAGGAGGGGGUAUUUGGGGGGGGUCUUGUUAUGGCGGAAUACAGUCAGUCGCUUGGCAUGCAGCCAGACGAGGUACGAGCUGGUGGGGGUGGGGGGGGGGCCGAGUUAUGGGUCUACCUAUCCCGUACUACGCCCGCGUUCGUAGAGAAUGCCGUGUUGACCUCCCUGGGGCCCCCGAGCGGCCAGCCGCUUUUUGCUGUGGGGGCCCUGUGGGUGAAGAUCGGGUUUGGGCCUGUGCGCCCUAGGCCCUGUGUCCGGGUGUGGUGGGCGUUUGGACUGUGGGCCACGUGGGGGCUGAGGGGGGGUCUCCUCGGGGAAGCGGGGAAGUGGUUGGGCCCUAGUGGGGGGGUCCCGGGGGGGGGGGCGGAGGCCCUGGGCCCUUUUUCUGGGUGGCACGUGCUUUAG